AUGGCGGAAGAGCAGCUCUUUCGGGGAGCGCCGGACGAAGCCAUCGACGUGACCAUGGACGCGUCGUCGCCCUCUGCACCACAAGACGACGCUCAGCCUCCACCGACCCCUUCGCUGCCCACAUCCGCCACAUCCUCUUUACCUCCCGAUUCGGAACUGGUGGCAUCUCUUCCCGUCUACCUGAGCAAGUCGCUCCUGGGCGAUUCAUCGCUGCACGUCUUCCAGUAUCCGAUCUAUCCACGCGACCGCCCGCUUCCGGUGCCCUACUCAGCAGCUGCGCGAGGUCUCAAAGUAUCCAGCCGAUGGCGACCGCGAGCCAACCGCGUCGAGGUCGAGCUGCCGCUUGACGUGCGAGCAGAGGUGUACAACUCGGAGCGCGGAGUCGACUUUGGCGCAGGCGCCGACGUGCUUGCGCAAAAGCAGGCACGAGCCGAUGCUGCACACGGAGGUGCCAGCUCGAGCGGCGAAGCUUCGGGCAGCCGCACGCGCGUCAAGAAGGAGAAGGAGGAGGAAGCGGCUGCCAACCGCGGCCCCAAGAAGCUUGAGAAGGUCAAGCUGGAGAGCACGCAGGUGCCCAACGCCACCGAGUACAUGGUGGGAGUCAUCCGCGACCAGGCACUGCACCUGUCUCGGCUCGAAUCGAUCGUCCAGCUUCGCCCGUCGAUGGACUACCUCGAUGCGCUCGACGAGGCGCGCGAGGCCGAGAGACGUCGAGACCGUGCUGCCCUGGCAGGCGAGCUCGACUCGGACGAGGAAGACGAGGAAGAGCUCAUCGAGAUGGAGGCGCCCGGCGAGGGAUCGUCGCGCUCCAAAGCAAAGAAGGAUGCCAAGAAACCUGCAGCACAGACGCUCAGCGUCGCACUGCGAACCGAUCCGAAUGCGAAGAAGGGCGGAGGAAUCGGCAUGGGCAGCGGAUCAGGCACGGGCAGCGAGGCACGCGACCUCCUCAUGGCGGCGCAGAGGGAGGCCGAAGCAGAACGCUGGCUCGACCUAGAAUGGCGGGACGAGCGCUCGCACGAGGCGCAGCAGAUCUUCCGAGCCCAGCUCUUCGCCGGCAGCCAGACGCCGCUGACGUGCAAGACCAAGCCGCGAGAGUACCUCCUCCACGCGCUCCCUUGA